GCACAGAAGCCGUGAAGGCCCAUAGCCUUGCAAUUGAUUCCGUAUGUCCUUCUGGCAGCAUUAUUAUGAAGUCUACUUUUUUUCUGUCGUAGGAAACACCUCUCCCGACCAAGUUAUGCCUUUCUAAAGAUCUGGCGUCAUGGUCAUCAUCUUCUCUGUGUCGCAAGAUAUUUUCUUGAGAGAACGAUAAUGGACAAUGUUUAAGUGUUGCUAAUUUGAGAAUUUUCUAUUACCGACGAAAUGUAAUGGAUGGUUUGCGAAUCCGAAUAGCGUGUCAUAACUAGUUCAUUUACUUAGGACAUUUUUGACGGUUUCCCAAUGCAAAUUAGCCAUAGAUAAAUGUCUUUGAAGAAUCUUUAAAAAAAAACAUCAUUUUAUGCAGUCGAUUUCAACAGUAAUCGAUAGAACUAGACUAUUAUUGAUACUUUUACGUGCAUCUGCGGUAUUAUCUGAAACGUAUAAACGAUAAAUAUACGUUUACGUCCCAAAAUGUCAAAUCGGACCCGUGUGUUAAAUCACAGACAAGGCCAGAGACUUUUUUCAUAUUUGUCUGUUUCCACUUUUUCGGUGUUUGUUAUCGGACUUUUACCUUUAUCCUGUUUCUGUGAAAUGUCCGUUGAACCGCGAAACUACAACUGAGAAGAGGGAAUCUUGUAAUACAGUAGCGAACGAUACCUGCAUGCCCCGGUCGUUCUCUGGCAAUAUCUAGACAAUAACCAUAGUGUAAACGGUUCGAUUUUAUCACCACUUACUUUUAUUAUUAUUAUAGAUACCGAAUUGCUAUUGCCAAUCUACAUGCUUACGAACCAGUAUUGUCCUAGUUCAGUAAUUCUUCAGAGUGCUAGCCCUUCCAGUAGCGUUAAACGAAGCGCACCCACUCCUGAACUUAGACCAUUUCACAUGUCCCUAAGUUAUGUACGCACACACACACUGGGCAUCACGGGGCAGAUGCCAACCAAAAUUUAAACUUUAUCCGACUGUUGAAAGCCAACGACUAUAACUCUUAUGGUUCUUAUAUAUGGGUUCAACCGAAUUCAGUAUCACUGAUCAUUUUCUCACUAUCCAAAACGUUUCCAAAUGAUUUGCUAAGAAAUGGUUUUUCACGGGCACUGUGCUUCUGAUUUUUGGGAGAUGCACCAACUCAUGCAGUCGGAAACAGUCAACGUGCGAUACAUUCAGUUACGUCGGCCGGAUAAGAAAUAGCCUGAAUCAAUAAUCGAGUCCAGCUAGUGGUGGCGCGCUGGCUGCCUAUUAAUAGUUGUCAUCCUGUUUGCUGCCUAUCUUUGCAACGUUAGUUUCGUUAUUUUCAAAAAAGGUCACAAGUUUUUCUUAAUUGCUAACUUCUAGAUAAGUGAUUUACUGGUGUUAAGUGCUAAACAACAGCUAUCGAAGUCCGUAUUUAUGCCAUGACUACUCCGAUGGCGUAAUUUUUAAUAUGCAGAGCUGCUCGUAGACGAUGUGCUUUAACCGUCUAUGAUUGUACUAACAAACGCGAGGAUUGUCGUUAUAUUCAGUUCAUCGCCUAUUUGGUCCGUUCGUAAAAAAGGUCAGGCGCUUAGAAACAGCGUGCGCAUUCUGACGUCCGCAAGCAUAGUUGGCUUGUAUAACUAUCUAAAUGCCUCUUGGUAGACUGCGAGCAGUGAGCUUCUACGAGUUUGUACGUCUCGCUGCAAAAGCAAGUUACUGAGACAGAUCUAACAUUUGUCCUGCAUAUCUGUCACAUCCCUGUGUGACGAUCAAAGCUUAAGACGUUAAGUUUCAAAGGAUCUACGCUAUUUUACACGCUCUAUCGAUUUCUUUUCUCUUAGCUUAGAAGCAUAUCCAGAGCCAGGCAGUUUUUGUCAACCCGGGUCGGCUUGUAAACCCCUGAAACUAUCUGCUGUACCCUUCGCACGUGCUGAAGCGUUUGUUGGACACCAGCAACCAACGAUAUUCUUUACUGUGUUACUUUUCACGUUUUUAUUCCUUCUCGCUUGUCGCUUUUUUUUCAAAGCCUUCGUUUCACACUCGCCCUCUCCACCAUUGACUCUCAGCUGAGUCGUCGAGUGUUGAGUGGGGUGUCGGCUUCGAAGGGGGUGCGGCUAAAGCCUUCCCCCAUCGGUGGGUCGUCGGCACUAAUUGCUGAACCGGCUGGCAUCGUUCCUGUUAAGAAUAAGCAUAUCUACAUAAUAUGUCAGUAUCCAGAGUACUUUUAAUGUCAUUGCCUUACACAUCGAAGGUUGUAUCGAAAGGAUGUAAUUUGUUUUACCAAAAAAGGUCUGCAUAUAUCGAAGGCAGAGCGUUACUUGUCAGCGAUGAGUCAGUCAUCGGCGAAUUGAUCCACAAUGAACCGCAAUAAAUAAACAUUGGUUACACAUGCCAUGCCGCUCUAUAUUACGCUGAUACUUUAGGCAUAAUGAUCGUGAUGGUAUGUGGUUUUAUCGUGCGAUGACAAAGUUACUAUAUUCGGGCCUAUAUCGAUCCGCAACGCGCAUUCCGAUUCUGAAAGCGUAUUUCUAAGGUGUCGAAAUCGCCAUAUAGAACACGCUCACUCUACGUAAACCCAUAUUUUUAUCUUACAUCAUGUAAUUGUACAAUGGUGCCGUCGGUUGACUAAUGCUGCAUUAAGCACGAUAAUGAAUCGAUAACAGACAACCUUUAACAAGCCCUUCAUUACAACUGCCUUGCCUGAUGUCGCGAUCAAAUGUGUUCCUAAUUUGCCAUCAUUCUGCUGUUUCGUCUCGUUAACCCGGCUGUUUCGACUAUAGCGCACCUUAAUAUUGCUGUGGCCGCUUAUUGAGCCUCACCUCGUCGCUCUUGUUCGUUCAGCCACAACUGCUCUUGGUGCUGCCUGCUCCGCCGCUACUGCCGCCGCCGCCGUCGCCGCCGCCGCCGCCGCCGCCGCCGCUAUGGCUGCGUCUGACGCUGCUCCCUCCCUUGGACACUGUAGUGCUGUACCCUCUCUGACGCUUGUCGGGUGAGGAGAGCGGACUUCAGCUGACAGCCGGCGCUUUGUGGCGGGUCGCUGAAUGCUGCUAUCGCUGCUGCUGUGUAGCUAUUGUCGCCGGUAACUGCUUACUUCUUUAUUGUUUGGAUUUAACCAACAAAAGCUAUUGGUAUAAGUCCGUCUUGCUGUUGCUGUUGCGGCUACUGCUGUCUGUCCGAUCAAGAAGUAGUCAAGAGAAUCUGGCGCGGAAAGCGCAGGAAUAGCGGCUGUCUUACCGGCGGUGCACAGUAUAGAAGUGGAGUCGCGCCAGCGGUAAUGGUGAUGGUCUUGGUAGGCGGCACCUACAAGAAGCCACUGCUGUUGUAGUUGUCGUCGCUCUGGCUGUAGUCGUAGUGACCGGAUCAAAUGGUGAAGGAGAACGAUCAGACAACGAUUCGCCUACAUUGUGUAUGCGCUUCUGAACGCGAGCCGGCGCUUGCUGCGUAUAGUGGUGCUUAGUUCGUUUAAGCUUGACUAGAACGGGAUUGCAGUAACCAUCGUUGAGAUCAGUUGUGAGUGAACGGCCUCCGUUCAGGAACGACGUUUACGAUCAAGUGGUGAAGCUCGCCUGUGACUAGUUUCUUAAAGGAUAAAGCUAAUAACGCGAUCGGGAAUAAUAUGGAGUGUGUCAGUGAAAAUUGUUGUUGAACAGUAGAACGAAUCGUAGCAGAAAUCUCUCGAAAAAAUAUUCCGACUCGCUUGAAUGCAGCGCGGAGUGAAGCCGUUCGGAAGAUUGUUAUGAUAGCGGCGUGGAGAGAACUUCAUCACAGGGAACUUGAGAGACUCUGAGGUAAACACGAAAAGGCCGUUCAUAAGCCUAUUUCAUAUCAUCAAAAAUUGCGAGGAGCACAAGGGAUAUUUUUCCGGGAACAGGCUAUGCGCGUAUCAUACCCGAAUGUGAAGCAAGACGGUCUACACUGCAUGUGAUACCUUCCUUUUCAUGAUCGGAGCGACAUCGUUACAACGCUAUCAGUUUCGGAGAAUGUAGCCGGCGGCUGCUUGUGGUCUUCGUUCAAAGCAGUCGUUUUAAUACUGUCUGUAUGUAACGUCAAGGGCUGGACUUGCAAACAAAGCAUCCAUCGAUUUGUAGUUCGUGCCAUAAUUCUCCUGCGUCCAUUAACUGACACGACGUGUGUGGAAAAUGCAAGAAUCGAUAGGGUCGAUGACAACGCCGACCGCUAAAGAGCACGAUUGAAUAACAGACACAGGGGCGAUUCUUUAGGGAAGCUAAGUGACUACAGGCGAACCCAGAGAACUGGACGCACUCACAAAGCGCCUCAUGAUUUCGCCAUCGCCACGUUCUCUUUGUUAAUCAUCGGCGUGUCGUCGAUCUUGUGCAUACGUCCUGGAACGGGAAUUAUCGGCGGACAAUUGCUUGCGAUCUGGUUUGCGACAGUUUGAGCUGAAACCAGAAGGCUCUUAUAGAAUUGGACUAGUCGGCGUAUUAUAGGGAGACCUUUACUGCUGAGUAGCGUUAUUCGAUACGAAAAAAGUUACCAGACACGGGGCACCGGGACCAGCGUUCAGCCCGGCGUGUUACAGGACGUCAUCACUACUGUGAGCGAACAAACAACGAUACCACAAGCACCAUUGACAGUACGUAACGCCUGUCGCUGCACUGCUAAAUACUGUCAUUGCCGGAGGUGUUACAAGCAACGGUGUAACGUGUGUUUGUUGUUUUUCUUAACUGCUUUAGUUGAUCAGAGGGCAGUAACAGUAUCAGCAGCGGAGGGCAAAGGAAGGCAGAAAUAUCGUCUUCCUAGACCUGCUCGGUAGGUCCCAAUCCCACAACACUUUCCCGCUUGCCUCGUUUUCGCUGGGCGUCGGGCAGGCGUGCGCGACCGCGGGUCGCUACCAGGGGGCAGCGCGUCGGCAUUUUCUCGCGUCGGCCCAAACAGUAACGAAAUAGAAAGAGACAUAGCACAGCACGGCGCUGCUGGUGUCUAUCCUCGCUCAGCAGUUCGAUCAGAGCGCAUCUCUGUGCGAGAGUAUUCGUGUCCGUCGUAGCCGUGUAUGUGCAUGUGUGCUUACCAUUACUGGGUUGGGCAUCGCUCGGUCAAAUAGCAUUAGCUUCUUCGUUCUCUGACCGGUGGCUAGGUUCGGCCAGAACGGCCAGGCCAGAACAAACGACAUCGCUCGAGUCGAGUUAGACCCUGCUGUUGCCUCCGCCGCCGCCGCCGCCGCCGCCGCCAUCGUCGUCGUCGUCGUCUCCGUCGUUCAAGAGCAGAUCGUGCCGCGAAUCUCUCGGUGGUGGUAGGAAACACCAACCGGCCAAGCGCACAGCAAAGCGAGCCAAACCUCCAGUUUAAAUAGCAGCAAAUUUUUAGGCAAGCAAGCAAGCAAGCCCGAGUUGCGGCUAAAGGCCUUGUCUGCCUCCUGAGACCGAGGAGUUCUUGCCCUCGCGAGGCGGAAAUCACUCGUAAAGCUCUGCUGAAAGUGGCGGCGAGGCGGUCGUCGCUUACGAACGCGAUAGUCUGUCGUCUCUUGCUGCUGGCUGAAAGUCUGUGGAGCUGGUCGGGGUUGUUCCAGCCAGGCCACAACACAAACCCAGUUGUAGUGCAGUUCAGUUUGUUGGCGUGUGGCAUCGUUAUUGACGCGGUUCCUUGUACUUGGAACGGCCGGUGGACGGCUGCACGAUGAUGACCCAGGAACGAUACAUGCAACAGGAGGAGGAAUGGGAACGCGAAGGACUGCUUGACCCGGCGUGGGAAAGGCAGCAACGCAAGACAUUUACGGCAUGGUGCAACUCGCAUCUGCGGAAGGCGGGAACGCAGAUCGACAACAUCGAAGAGGACUUCCGCAACGGUUUAAAGCUCAUGCUCCUGCUAGAAGUGAUCUCUGGCGAGACGCUCGGAAAACCGGACAGAGGCAAGAUGCGCUUCCAUAAGAUUGCUAACGUUAACAAAGCUCUCGAGUUUAUCGAAUCGAAAGGCGUCAAGCUGGUGUCGAUUGGUGCCGAAGAAAUCGUCGACGGAAACGUGAAGAUCACCCUUGGUCUUAUCUGGACGAUUAUUCUGCGUUUCGCCAUCCAGGACAUUUCUGUUGAGGAGUUGACUGCCAAGGAGGGCCUGCUGCUGUGGUGUCAGCGCAAGACGGCACCGUAUAAGAACGUCAACGUGCAAAACUUCCAUCUCUCGUGGAAGGACGGCUUGGCCUUCUGCGCCCUCAUCCACAGGCACCGGCCCGAUCUGAUUGACUACGGCAAGCUGCGUAAGGAUGAUCCCAUUCACAACUUGAACCUCGCUUUCGACGUCGCAGAGAAGCACCUUAACAUCCCGCGUAUGCUUGACGCGGAGGACAUGGUGUAUACGGCGAAGCCCGACGAGCGGGCUGUGAUGACAUACGUUUCGUGUUACUAUCACGCGCUUCAGGGGGCGCAACACGUAAGCCAGGACUGGGUUAAUGAGCCCGUUUGGGAUACGGAGACUGCGGCCAAUCGUAUCUGCAAAGUCCUCAAGGUUAAUCAGGAUAACGAGCGCCUGAUGGAGGAGUAUGAACGCCUCGCGUCUGACCUGCUCGAAUGGAUUCGCCGAACCACCCCCUGGCUCCAAAACCGAACCACGGAUAACACUCUGCCAGGUACUCAGAAGAAGCUUGAGGAGUUCCGCUGUUAUCGGCGCCAGCACAAGCCUCCACGGGUCGAACAGAAGGCCCGACUGGAGACGGCUUUCAACACUCUGCAGACGAAGCUGCGCCUUGGCGGCCGACCUGCCUUCAUUCCGUCCGAAGGUAAAAUGGUUUCGGAUAUUACCAAUGCCUGGAAAGGCCUUGAGUCAGCCGAGAAGGGCUUUGAAGAGUGGCUCCUUUCGGAAAUGAUGCGCCUAGAGCGUCUUGACCAUCUGGCCAAAAAAUUCAAGCACAAGUGCGACAUACACGAGGAUUGGACUCAGGGCAAGGAGACGAUGUUGCAGUCGAAUGAUUUCCGCAACUGUAAGCUGAACGAAAUGAAGGCGAUGAAAAAGAAGCAUGAAGCGUUUGAAUCGGAUCUGGCCGCACAUCAAGAUCGGGUCGAACAAAUAGCGGCUAUUGCUCGUGAGCUUAAUGCGCUCGGCUAUCAUGAUGUUGCUUCUAUUAAUUCGCGCUGCAAGCGCAUCUGCGAUCAGUGGGACCGUCUGGGCGCACUGACUGCGAAACGCCGCCAGGCUUUGGACGAGGCGGAACGAAUUCUGGAAAAGGUUGAUCUACUUCACCUCGAAUUUGCUAAGCGUGCUGCUCCCUUUAAUAAUUGGCUCGAUCAGGCGUGCGAAGACCUCGUCGAUAUGUUUAUCGUGCACACGGUUGAAGAAAUCCAGCAGCUUAUCCAGGCGCACGAAGGCUUCAAGAACACUCUUGGGGAGGCUGACCGAGAAUAUCAGAACAUUAUUGGACUUUCGCAGCAAGUUCAGUCGCUGGCAACACAGUACCAGAUUCCUGGCGGCCUGGAAAAUCCGUACACGACGUUGACCCCUGGCCUCAUUCAGGCGAAAUGGGCAGAAACCAGGCAGCUUGUGCCUCAACGCGAUCACACAUUGCAAAAUGAACUUGCACGCCAACAAUGUAAUGAGAACUUGCGCAGAAAAUUCGCUGAGAAGGCGAAUCAGGUGGGACCAUGGAUCGAGCGGCAGAUUGACUCGGUCAACUCCAUUGGCAUGGGUAUGCAGGGCAGUCUGGAGGUUCAGCUCAAGAAAUUGCAUGAAUACGACAAUGCCGUCGUGCAAUUCCGGCCUCAUCUUGACGAGCUCGAGCGUAUUCACCAGCAGGUACAGGAGGCACUCAUCUUUGAGAACAAGUACACGAGUUACACGAUGGAGACGCUACGCGUUGGCUGGGAACAGCUAGUCACAUCAGUACAUCGCAACAUCAACGAAGUUGAGAACCAGAUUCUCACGCGCGAUGCUAAAGGAAUCAGCCAAGAACAGCUCAAUGAAUUCCGCCUGUCGUUCAACCACUUCGACAAGAAACGCACCGGUCGCUUAACACCAGAGGAAUUUCGUAGCUGCUUAGUAUCUCUUGGUUAUAAUGUCCGCAACGCUGAUGGGCCCGAAUUCAGGAGGAUUCUUGGUUCUGUUGAUCCAAACAUGACUGGAUAUGUACACUUUGAUGCAUUCUUGGAUUUCCUGACGAGAGAAUACACAGAGCUCGACACUGCGGAGCAGACUAUUGAUUCGUUCCGUAUCCUUGCAUCUGACAAGCCCUACAUAACGGCUGAUGAGCUAAGAAGGGAACUCCCGCCUGACCAGGCCGAAUACUGCAUUCGUCGAAUGAAGCCAUAUCCUGGUACUCCCGGAGGUCUGGAUUACCGCUCAUUCGCCACUAUGCUCUACGGCCAGUCUGACCUCUAAGAAGGCGUAGGUUUCAGCAUCCAGAAGACCCACACCGCCGAACCUAAUCGAAGUAACGGAAACUAUCGCAUCGAACCUGAACACUACGAGAACCACACCUCAUACUUAAUCAUCAUAUUAAGAAUGAGACAGAGCUUUCCCUGAAGUCGAGUCAUAUUUAUUUCUACCUUAUUUAAUAAAAAAAAUUUAUUAUAUAUAGGAUAUAUAUAUAUAUAUAUAUAUAUAUAUAUAUAUAUAUAUAUAUAUAGGAUAUAUACACAGAUAGGAAAGAGAGAAAACAGACAUUGAGUCGCUUUAAUUACUCGUGCACUCAAUCAUUCGUGAAUUGUAACAAGUGAGAGUUCCGCCGCAACCCCCAUGGUCCUGCAGUCUGGCUCAGCUAGAACCCAGUAUCACGCUAAGAAUUAAACACCGUCGGUGGGAACACGUGGGGAAGAGAAAGUGAGUAUAAGGGAAAAAUAACAUAUUAAGAAAACUUAACUAUUACAGCUAUAACUGCCUACCUGAAGACUAAGUUUCCUAACGUCAGUGGCUAAGUGCCCUCAAAAUGCUAGAUCAAUUUGAGGCUAGUCGAGACGCGAUAAGGGAAAACCUGAAUACCUACGUGACACCACCUAAUCGAACAAGAUAAAAAUACGAAUUAAAAACAAAGGUUUGAUAGGACAAGUGUGGAAGCAAAAGAAACCGUGCGAAAGAUAGAGACUACGCUUCAUUGCUCGGAAAUACAUCGAUGUGAGAAAAAGCAUGCAUUUGGCGCGUAAGAAAAACUAAGAGAAAGUAAAACGGAAAUGAAAAACGCACGCGCUCAGCCUUUAAUAGUUACAGUGGCGUCUGUAGCACGAAAAGUAAGCGAAAUAUCCAGACAGUCACGGUAACCCAUAUUCAUAUAUAAUGUCGUGUUUAUUUAUAAUAAUAGUAAUAAGAGGUGAUAGAAGAAGAAAAGGAUCCUCACGAGAAAAUCGUCGACGUAAAUCGUUCCUUUCUUUAAAGAGAAAAUGCCACGGUUUUCGUUACAAAAAAAAAGAACAAACACAACAAUGGAAACACUAAACAACCAGGAUGCCUCGCUGAAGAUAGACCCGUUUGACAGUGGCUAUGGGCAACAGCGAUGUUUGUUUGUUAUAGUCAGAAAACUGAACUUCUUAGAAAUACAAAAACUCUCCCCUUAGGGAAAUAUAAAAACUCUCCGCAAACUGACAGAAGAUUACUGAUCAUUUACAAUAUGAGAUAGUAUGAACAACGACUUCUGCUCGCCUCUUAUGCAGUUGCUCAGCUAUGAGGUCUGGGAGUGUGCAUGUCUUAUGUUGAGAAAGCCACCGUAAUAAACGACGAAAUUUAUUCAUGCAGCUGAUCAAUUUAUGAUUAAUGACCUUCAAGCAAAAUACAAAUAAACAAAUUAUUCUCAGACAUGAA